UGUCUGCUACUGUUUUGUACAUUAAUUGUCGGUUAUUAUCAAUUAAAAUUGUCGCAUAAUGGUUGAAUAAUAAAAAUUGUUUUUGUUAGUUAAAAACAAUAUUUUUUUUUAACAAAGAAGUAUUUUUUUUUUUCAUGGAAUAUUGUGAAAUGUGAAUUAGAGCUUAAUUUUAUGAGAAAAACAACGGCUGUCAGCUGUCAGUUAUAUGUAUAUACAAGCCUCUGUGAUAAAGAGUGCGAAUGUAAAUAAAUAAUAAUUGCUAUAAAUAAUUUAACGUGAUUAACCUAUUAUUAUACAAUAUAGAAUAGGUUAAGUCAUCUAAUAAAAAGCGCAAAUGUGAAUUCUGCAUAAACCCCCAGGGAGAAAAUCAAUACUGAGCAUAUAAAUUUGUUGUGCAACACAAUAUAUCGUUUGUAGUGCUUCGUUAACUAAAUUUUUAUAAUAAUUUCAUACAUUAUCAUUGUCAGUGAAUAUUAAAAUUAUAAUUAUGAAGAAUGGUAGUAGAUUGUUGAGAUCAUUGUUAAAAGUAUCAGAGAAAGCGGCAAAUAUUGCCCGUGCUUGUAGACAAAAUGAAUCUCUUUUUGAAUUAUUGAUACAAGAAAAAACUAGUCAUGAAAAAAAUCCAAGAUUUUUUCAAGAUUUUAAAACACUUGCUGAUGUUCUUAUUCAAGAAACAAUUAGACAUGACAUUGGCAUUGAGUUUCCAGAACUUGCAAAAAUGAUAAAAGGAGAGGAGAACAAUACAUUUAGUAAUACUUUGGGUGAAACAAUCACAGUUGAGGUCUGUUCAACAUUAGCAGAAACAACAGAAUUAUUGGCAAAAGUAUUAGAUAACGAUGAUAAAACGGCUCACUUAUUAUCGACAGAAGUUCAUCGUGAUGUUAUUUUAACUGACGUACCUAUUAAUAUAGUUGAUGUGCCAACUGAUUUUGAAAUUUCUAUCGACGAUCUCAGUAUAUGGGUAGAUCCAAUUGACAACACUGCUGAUUAUAUUAAUGGAAAUGAAUCUAUAGAUGAAGAAUCAGGUAUGCAUUUAACAGGUUUACAUUGUGUUACCGUUUUAAUUGGAGCUUAUUUACAAAGCACUGGAUUACCUGUUAUGGGAGUUGUUAAUCAACCAUUUUACGAAAAGCGAGAUUUAUUAUGGAAAGGAUCUUGUUAUUGGGGAUUAUUUGAUAAUGGUAUCAAAUAUUGUUCGAUUAAAACAAAUGAUGAUAAUGAUGAUAUUAAAGAAAAUUCAAAAUGUAAAAUUUUAUUAAGUCGUUUUGAAAAUCAUGAAAUAAAAGCAAAACUUAUUGAAAAAGGUUUUACACCAAUUGAAGCUGCUGGUGCUGGUUAUAAAAUUUUAAGCGUUGCCACUGGACAAGUUGAUGCAUAUAUUUUAUCAAGAGGUUCCACAUAUCGUUGGGAUACUUGUGGUCCACAGGCAAUUUUACGUUCUUUAGGCGGUGGAAUAAUAGAUUUUCAAAAUUGUAAAGAAAAUUUCAAUUCAAUGGAUUUAGAGAUAAUUUAUUCAAAUUCUGAAAUUGGAAAUAAAGGUGGAUUAAUUGCUUACAGGGAUUCAAAAACAUUGAGUAAUCUAUGUUCAGCAUUAUUCCAAUAGGUAACAAAAAAAAAAAUUAAUUAGCUGUCAAAGAAAAAAAGUUUUUCUGUUUUUUAAUUUUUAAAUACAAAAGUAUAGAUUUUUUUUUUUACUUCUGUGUGAUAUUUUUAUCAGUGAUUUUGAUUUUAUUGAAAGAUUUUUAAUUAAUAUACAUGUAUAAGUAUAUGUGAUGUUAGAUAUCCGUAUAUAAUUAUAAAAAAAAAGUUCUAGGUGCUAUAAUUUACAAAAAAAAAAUAAUAUCUUUUGAACAAGAAUAAUUCUACCUCGACAAAUUGAAAACCAAUUUUAAAUCAUGUCAAUUUUUCAACCUAUAUAUUUUAUCGAAAAAAAAAGUGAAAAGAGAAUUUUGAAAAUAUAUUUUUCUAUAUUUAAUAAAAUGAUAAACUUCCUGCGAUAUAUGUUUAUAAUUAACAUAUACAUGAAAGUACUUAAAUAUAUUUAUAUAUAUAUAAUUUUAUCCCAUAUGUGAUAUACAAUACUGUGGUUAAUAUUAUUAUAAAAUAUAUUCUUCAUUUUAUUAUAAUGUAGAUUUUAGAAAAGAAAUAGAAAUUAAUGUGAAACUGUUUCUAAAUGUUAAAAACAAUCGCCAUAUAAUUGACUGUGCUUCCCCUUUUUCUCUAAUUAUUAUAUUUUUCCAUGAUUAUUUUGGGUUAUGAAAAUAUUUUUUUUUUUUUGAGAUAUAUUAUAAGUUA